GUAAUAUAUUGCUUCCAUUUUGAUUCGAAGAGAGAAAUAGAAGAGAUAGCUACGAAGCUAAGCUUCUCCAAGCUGUGACCCACCGACUGUACCAGAGAAACACUUUCCUCCACUCUCUCUUCUCUUCUUCUUUCUUUCUUCCACUGCUAACAGUCAAUUCCUCAACCCUAAUAACCGUUUUCCUCGCUGUUCUCUCUCCCGAUUUCUAACAUUCCUCCGCCUUUCGCUCCUUCCGGCCACCGCCAUGGCAGUCGUUUCGCGAACUACCACCACCUACUCCUACAGCCACUUAUCCCGACGACACUUCGAUAGGGAAACCAAAGCCUCUGCUGCCAACACUUUGUCAUGCUCUGCCUGGGUUUCUGCUAAGAAGCCUUCUCCGACGCAGAGGAUUGCCACACGUGGGGGAAGAGUGAUUGUUGCUGCUAGCCCUCCCACUGAAGAUGCCGUGGUUGUCACGGACCCACUCACCAAGCAGGAUCUUGUGGACUAUCUUGCCUCGGGUUGCAAGCCCAGGGAAAACUGGAGAAUAGGUACUGAACACGAGAAGUUUGGUUUUGAGUUUGGAAGUUUGCGUCCUAUGAAGUAUGAGCAAAUAGCAGAAUUAUUGAAUGGAAUCGCUGAGAGAUUUGACUGGGAUAAAAUAAUGGAAGGUGAUAAAAUUAUUGGACUCAAACAGGGAAAGCAGAGCAUAUCAUUGGAGCCCGGUGGUCAGUUUGAACUUAGUGGAGCCCCCCUUGAAACCUUGCACCAGACUUGUGCUGAAGUUAAUUCCCACCUUUAUCAGGUAGGCCACAUGUUCUUGUGAGGGAGAUCUGUUGUU